AUGCCUGGCGCCCUCCCACACUCGGUGAUGAUAAAGGUGAUUAACCUGGCCCAAUACGGAUCAGACAACCUGGUCAAGUUGUCUGAAGGUACCGAAGGUGGCAAAUACUCGGAGAGUCGAUUCGUCCGAACUCGUGAGACUCUUAUGAGUUGUAUGCCUCUUUGCCUUUCCGGGAAUGUAGUUUGCUAUCCAGCCCUCACGGGAUUAAACGACAUACUCGCCUUCUUCACUCCGUUUUCACUUCCAGUUCACAUACGAUCCUCGCACUCUUCCACUCAUUUUCGGAGGUGGAGAAUUUCAAGCAAUCCCCCUCUCGUCCUAUUACUGGAGUUCCACCAGAUCUUGUUAGCUAAGAACAGGUUGAAUACUUAUACCGUCUCAUUAUUCUUCUACCUCGCUACUACGAAUAUAUCUCAACCAGACCAACCCUACGCAUCAGACCUGCGCAAGCGCAUAGCCCUACGUGUCAACGAGUUCGUCCCCCCUCGCCAGAUGUUCACUUCUCUCCGCCCCCGCAUACCUCCCGAACCGGUUCGUAUUCCUACACCUCUUCGUUUUCCUGGGCCCAACCCUCUCGCCCAAGAAUGGGAACGAGCUCAAGCCAGCGCACAAGGAUCACAAGCUUUCGGGGGCUCACCAGGCCGUGGUAGUUCUCCACCACGCAGGGCACUAGUGAUUGAUCUUACCAUGUCUUCAGACGAGGAGCUCAACACUAUCCCAAAGGCUCCUGCUUCGAGUCCUGUAGAUCGGCCGAAGUUCACCAUAAUCUCUCGCGGCGGCAACAAGAGGGCUGCUGCAAAUUUCCCCGAGCUUUCUCCCGUGCGAGGCAGGAAAGCGGGCCGUGGAACUCGAGUCAUGAGUUCCUCUGAUGACGAGGACGAAUCCCCCCAGCCUGCUACCCGCCGAAGUAGGAAGGCAGGUCGGGGAACUCGGGUUGUGAGGUUCGCUGAUGACGAGGAGCAGCGAUCCAACACCCCUCCACCUGCACCCCUGCGACCGUCGCGCGGUGGCGGGCCUCGAGGGCUAGUCGCACGUCGUGCUGCUUCGACACGGGGACGGCGAGGGCGGCCUGCUACGCACAGUCUUUUUGAGACGCCUGAAUUGUUCCAGUCUUUAGAGAUUAGGGAUUCCGAUGAGUUUAAAGAUUCAGAUGAUGACUCGCUCGAUUCUUAUCCUGCGGGUAAGAUGCCGCGGUUAGCACCGUCGGUGGUGAGGGGCAGUGGCGGUAGAAGAGCGACUACACGUGGUAGGGCAAAGACUCUUAUACCGACUGGUACUAGGGGCCGGAAAAAGAAAGAGGUUCAUGAGCUACUCGGAGCUGAUAAUGAGGAGCUAAAUGAUCACCCUGUUCUAAAGCCAGAUACUUCACCACCGGCAACACAGGGUGCAUCUGAGCAGCAGGGUAGUGUGACUAAUCCAGUUUCUCCGCCAUCGGGGGAAGGGUAUAUCAGUCCAAUCAAGGCACUAGAUACUGUUGUCGCCCUCGCACGGGCCCAGGCACAUAACGCGAUAGAUCAGGAUACUUAUACUGCACAGCAGAAAGCUUUGGAAUCGCUGCGUGACGCUAGAGAACGGAGGAUGGAAGAGUUUAAUAGGUUGGCGAAGCAGCAGGCAAAGGAACGGCUGGAACGCAGGGGGAAUAGGGCGAUUGAUGGAUCGCCGGCCGGUGGUGCGGAGGGAGGGAGGCCACAGCUGACGUGGAUGAAUGGCAGGCCGUAUAUGAGGUAG